AUUUGUAAAUUGUCUUGAGUCUUUACGAACAAAUCCCUAUCCUGCAUACCGCCAUCGUCUCUUUCUCGUCGUCGCCGGCGACGCCUCCCGCCGCCGCCGAGGAUGCCAGUGAGGGUGGUCGACACCGCAACCCCAUCCUCCCAGCCCACCUCAGGUCAAGAUGCAAAUGCUGGGCAUCCGUCUCCUCCUAGCUGUUCCCUCUUAAGUGCUGGAAGAUGUUAUGCUGGAACCCAGAAUGUCUCUACUAUACAAAAAGAAGAAGCUUGGAAAGUUAAUGUGCGGAUCAAUGACUGUGAUCUUGAACAGGGUUAUUUAUGUGGAACAAUGGAAGCAGUUAAUGUUCCCUUAGCUGAUACCCCUGUGGUAACAUUCUGGGAGGGGGAGAUAGUGGAUGCUAAAAAUUAUACAUUUUUCACUGGCAAGUGGGAGGCAUCCCCAGAGGAUGAUAUUAGACACUGGUCCAAGUUCCCAUCAUUUACACCUCUUCUGAGUCAGAUAGAGACAGAUGGUGGCAAGUCUGUGGACUUCAGCAACUAUGCUUACAUAUUCAUGAGAUGGAAAGAGCAGUACUUUGUCAAUGUUGGAGUGGACUGUGGGUUGACCAUAGCUGGUUUCUACUAUGUCUGCUUUUCAUGUAGCGAUGGUUCCAUUAGCGGGUAUUAUUAUGAUCCAAACAGCAGUCCGUUUCAGAAGCUUGAACUGAAGUGUACCAAUGAGAAAGAUUCUGGAUUUACCUUUUCAUCCUACGAGCUGCAGUGAGAGACUGACAGGCCUGUUGUCAUUAUAGUAUUUGCGGAUGUUAAUAUACACAAUGUGUGUACUGAACUCAUAAUUUUGAAUGGCGUCCCAUUAAAAGAGCUGAGAUGGCAUGUUUGUAACAGUGAUUUUGAGCAAGAUGUAUUUUAUUCUCUUUGUAAUAUGAUUAUAAGCUGGUAAAAUUUCUAAUUUGAACCUACCUGUGUGUUCUUUUUGUGCUAAUCACGGCAUGGUUAUGUCCAGAAUAAAUAAGACAAGAAUGUGAGGGCUAGUUGCUCGUUCAAAGAAAUAUAUAUACUUCUUUCCAGAGUAA